AUGUCUGAUCCGAACGCCAAGUACCAGUCGCCGCUCACCUCGCGGUACGCUUCGCCCGAGAUGGCGGCCAACUUCUCCAACAACAAGCGGUUUGGCACGUGGCGUCGCCUCUGGUACAACCUGGCAGUGGCCGAGAAGCAGCUGGGUCUGCCUGGCAUCACCGACGAGGCGCUUGAGCAGAUGAAGGCCAACUUUGACAACAUCGACUACGACAUCGCCAAUGCCGAGGAGAAGCGCCGCCGCCACGACGUCAUGGCACACGUGCACACAUACGGUGUUGCGGCACCGGCAGCGGCCGGCAUCAUCCAUCUGGGCGCGACCUCGUGCUUUGUGACAGAUAACGCCGAUCUGAUCAUCUUCCCGUGUGUGAUUGAGGAUCUGUCGGCGUUUGCAGCCAAGUACCGCGAUCUGCCGACUCUGGGCUUCACGCACUUCCAGCCGGCGCAGCUGACGACAGGUGGGCAAGCGCGCAACGCUCGGGCGCGCAACGACCUGGGUUUCCGCGGCUUCCUGGCGCUGUUCAACGGCGACCACGACAAGGUCGAGGAGCUGGACGCGCUGGUGACCAAGCUGAGCGGCUUCGAGCACUGCUACCCCGUGUGCGGGCAGACGUAUUCGCGCAAGAUCGACAUUGACUUUUUGUCGCCGCUGGCCUCGUUUGGCGCGACUGCGCACCGCAUCGCCACGGAUAUCCGCCUCCUGGCGAACCUGAAGGAGAUCGAGGAGCCGUUCGAGAAGGAUCAGAUCGGCUCGUCGGCCAUGGCAUACAAGCGCAACCCGAUGCGCUCGGAGCGCAUCUGCUCGCUGUCGCGCCACCUGAUGGUUCUGAUUGGCGAUGCCCUGCAGACGGCGUCGGCGUGCCUGACGGCCGACAUUGUGCUGACCACGCUGCAGAACGUGGUUGAGGGCCUGGUCGUCUACCCGCAGGUCAUCAAGAAGCGCAUCCGCGGCGAGCUGCCCUUCAUGGCCACCGAGAACUUCAUCAUGGCUAUGGUGAAGAAGGGCGGUGACCGCCAGGAGUGCCACGAGCAGAUCCGCGUGCUGUCGCAUCAGGCUGCCGCUGUCGUCAAGCAGGAGGGUGGCGACAACGAUCUGAUCGAGCGGGUCAAGAACACCGACUACUUUGCUCCGAUCAAGGACGAGCUCGACGACCUGCUGGAUCCGUCCACCUUCAUUGGCCGUGCCCCGCAGCAGGUCGACAAGUUCAUCAAGGACUUUGUCACUCCGGCGCUGGCUCCCUACGCCGACGUUCUGGCAGCCAAGAAGCCCGCCUGA